AUGCUGGACUGCAGCGACUACGUUCUAGACUCAAGAAUGAACAAUCCGUCAGAAAACAGUAAACCAUCAAUGGAGAGUGGAGAUGGGAACACAGGCACACAAACAAAUGGCCUGGACUUUCAAAAGCAGCCGGUGCCUGUCGGAGGAGCAAUCUCUACAGCCCAGGCCCAGGCCUUCCUUGGGCACCUUCAUCAGGUCCAGCUCGCUGGAACAAGUUUACAGGCUGCUGCUCAGUCCUUAAAUGUACAGUCUAAAUCUAAUGAAGAAUCUGGGGACUCUCAGCAGCCAAGCCAGCCUUCCCAGCAGCCUUCAGUGCAGGCGGCCAUACCCCAGACCCAGCUCAUGCUGGCCGGAGGACAGAUCACUGGGCUCACGUUGACGCCAGCCCAGCAACAGUUAUUGCUACAACAGGCGCAGGCACAGUUGCUGGCAGCUGCAGUGCAGCAUUCAGCCAGUCAGCAGCACAGCGCUGCUGGUGCCACCAUCUCGGCCUCUGCUGCAACGCCGAUGACGCAGAUCCCUCUAUCUCAGCCAAUACAGAUUGCACAGGAUUUGCAGCACUUGCAGCAGCUUCAGCAGCAGAAUCUCAACCUGCAACAGUUUGUGUUGGUGCAUCCAACAACCAACUUGCAGCCAGCACAGUUCAUCAUCUCACAAACACCGCAGGGGCAGCAGGGUCUCCUGCAAGCGCAGAAUCUCUUAACGCAACUACCUCAGCAAAGCCAAGCCAACCUCCUGCAGUCUCAGCCAAGCAUCACCCUUGCCUCGCAGCCAGCAACCCCAACACGCACAAUAGCAGCGACCCCCAUUCAGCCACUUCCACAGAGCCAGUCAACACCAAAGCGAAUCGACACUCCCAGCUUGGAGGAGCCCAGUGACCUUGAGGAGCUUGAGCAGUUUGCCAAGACUUUCAAACAAAGACGGAUCAAACUUGGAUUCACUCAGGGUGAUGUUGGGCUCGCUAUGGGCAAACUCUAUGGAAAUGACUUCAGCCAAACUACCAUCUCUCGCUUUGAAGCCUUGAACCUCAGCUUUAAGAACAUGUGCAAGUUAAAGCCACUUCUGGAAAAGUGGCUCAAUGAUGCAGAAAACCUCUCAUCUGAUUCAACUCUCUCCAGCCCAAGUGCCCUGAAUUCCCCAGGGCUGGGGGUCGAAGGCUUGAACCGUAGGAGGAAGAAACGCACCAGCAUAGAGACCAACAUACGUGUGGCCUUAGAGAAGAGUUUCCUGGAGAACCAAAAGCCUACCUCGGAUGAGAUCACCAUGAUAGCUGACCAGCUAAACAUGGAGAAGGAGGUGAUCCGCGUUUGGUUCUGUAACCGGCGCCAGAAGGAGAAAAGGAUCAACCCACCCAGCAGUGGUGGAACCAGCAGCUCGCCCAUCAAAGCAAUUUUCCCUUGCCCAACCUCACUGGUGGCAACCACGCCAAGCCUUGUGACUAGCAGUGCAGCUACAACCCUGACUGUCAAUCCUGUGCUCCCUCUGACCAGUCCUGCUGUAACUAGUCUGUCAGUCACAGGCACAACAGAAACCACCUCCAACAACACGGCAACAGUGAUUUCAACAGCACCUCCAGCUUCUUCAGCAGUGACAUCACCCUCCCUGAGUCCUUCCCCUUCUGCCUCAGCCUCCACUUCAGAGGCAUCCAGUGCCAGUGAGACCAGCACAACACAGACAACCUCCGCUCCCUUGUCCUCCCCUCUUGGGACCAGCCAGGUGAUGGUAACGGCAUCAGGGUUGCAAACAGCGGCAGCAGCUGCGUUACAAGGAGCUGCACAGUUGCCUGCAAAUGCAAGUCUUGCUGCCAUGGCUGCUGCAGCAGGACUAAACCCAGGCUUGAUGGCAUCCUCGCAGUUUGCAGCUGGAGGUGCCUUACUCAGUCUCAAUCCAGGGACAUUAGGUGGUGCUCUCAGCCCGGCCUUGAUGAGCAACAGUACACUGGCAACUAUUCAAGCUCUUGCAUCUGGUGGCUCUCUUCCAAUAACAUCACUGGAUGCAACUGGAAACUUGGUGUUUGCCAAUGCUGGAGGUACUCCUAACAUCGUAACUGCCCCUCUGUUCCUGAACCCUCAGAACCUUUCUCUGCUCACCAGCAACCCAGUUAGCUUGGUCUCUGCAGCUGCAGCCUCCGCAGGGGCCUCUGGACCAGUCGCCAGCCUUCAUGCCACCUCCACCUCAGCCGAGUCCAUCCAGAACUCUCUCCUCACAGUGGCCUCUGCGAGUGGGGCCACGUCCACCACCACUACUGCCUCCAAGGCACAGUGA